CUUGACUCUAUGGAUUUGCUCAUUUCUUUCCCUUUAUUUUUUUUCAUCUAUUCCCACCAAGGAGUCCCCAGCCCCAGAUGUCGGAAGAGGAGGGGGGCUGAAACUUCAGAUCUCUGGAGGAAAGGUUGCAGGCGAUGAAGAGGAAGAGCAGCUGAAGGAGAAGCUCUGGUAAAUAGGAUCUUUUGCCUUUUGGAAAAUGUAUUUACUACACCCCUUGGCAAGCCCCUCGGAAAGAACAGAACGUGUUAGCUUCCAGAGAUGAACACAUCCUCUCGGCUGUAUGUUUCUGAACUAAACCUGAGUGUCUUUGGUAGCAACUUUACUUUGCCUACUGUCAAGAGCAAGUCAUCACCAUGUGAGCAAGUGGCCAUUGCAACUGAAGUAUUCCUAAUCCUGGGCAUUGUAAGCCUCCUUGAAAACAUCUUAGUUAUAUGUGCAAUAGUUAAGAACAAGAACUUGCAUUCACCCAUGUAUUUUUUUGUUUGCAGUUUAGCAGUGGCUGACAUGCUAGUUAGUGUGUCUAAUGCUUGGGAGACCAUAACGAUAUACUUAAUAAACAAUAGACACAUCAUUAUGGAAGAUGCCUUUGUCCGUCAUAUAGACAAUAUCUUUGAUUCAAUGAUCUGCAUAUCUGUGGUGGCUUCCAUGUGCAGUUUGCUGGCUAUAGCAAUAGACAGGUAUAUCACUAUCUUCUAUGCCCUGCGUUAUCACAACAUCAUGACAGUGAAAAGAUCAGGGCUUAUUAUUGCAUGCAUCUGGACCUUUUGCACAGGCUGUGGCAUUAUCUUCAUUCUUUAUUAUGAAUCAACUUAUGUGGUCAUUUGUCUCAUCACUAUGUUUUUUGCCAUGUUGUUUCUCAUGGUCUCGCUGUACAUACACAUGUUCCUUCUGGCUCGUACUCAUGUGAAGAAAAUUGCUGCUUUGCCAGGGUACAACUCUGUCCGUCAAAGAACCAGCAUGAAAGGAGCCAUCACUCUGACUAUGCUUCUUGGCAUCUUCAUUGUUUGCUGGGCUCCAUUCUUCCUUCAUCUCAUCCUGAUGAUCUCCUGCCCUCAAAACCUCUACUGUGUUUGCUUCAUGUCUCACUUCAACAUGUACCUCAUUCUCAUUAUGUGCAACUCAGUGAUCGAUCCCCUGAUCUACGCCUUCCGUAGCCAGGAAAUGAGGAAGACCUUCAAAGAGAUAAUGUGUUGCUAUAGCCUGAGAAUGGUCUGUGGGUUAUCAAACAAGUAUUAA